AUGGUCUUGCCAAGUCUUUCAUGUCGAGUCUGCAGUUCCACCUGCAGCCUCCAAACCCUUAGCUCCAUUUCCGCUCCCCAGUCCGCCUUUUCCUUUUUACGAAGACCUAUAUGGUCCUUCGCCUCUCAAAAUGCCUUAAAUCGAGAAUUCCGAAAAUCCUAUCAUUCGUCUCCGAACCGCCGUUCCGAUCCUCCGCCCCGUAUAUCCUAUCGGGUUGCCGUAUCUUCGUCCGGGAAAGGACGCCGUUUCCACCCCCUCAAAAAUGCAUAUAAUUUCGACCCCAGUGUGUCAGAUGCGAUAGGAGUGUCUAUAGACAAGAACCCGGAGAUCCGGCGACGAAGCCGUCCGGACAGUGGUGAGGAUGCUUUCUUUGUGAGCCGCAUCGGCACUCUCACUCACCGACAAGGCCAAAAUGCGGAUGUGCCGGAGGCUGUAGCUUUUGCAGUCGCAGAUGGUGUCGGUGGCUGGACCGAAUCUCGAGUUGACCCGGCGGAUUUCUCGCACGGGAUAUGUGGUUACAUGGCCGAUACAGCCCUGGCUUGGGACCAAACAGCGGAUAAACUACGACCAAAGCAGCUUCUGCAGUCGGGAUAUGACCAAGUCGUCGCUGACCCAAUGAUUAAAGCCGGAGGUAGUACCGCCUCCGUAGGUGUUGCGCUACCCGAUGGCCGUGUCGAGCUGGCAAAUUUGGGUGAUUCGGGCUCGGUUUUGCUUCGCCUCGCUGCCGUGCACCACUAUACCACGCCUCAGACGCAUGGCUUCAAUACCCCCUACCAACUCAGCCUCAUUCCACCAAGAAUGCGUGCACAGGCAGAGGUAUUUGGCGGAGCUUACCUUGAAGAUUUCCCUCGCGAUGCGUCUGUCACCAAUGUCCAAGUACAGCAUGGUGAUGUGCUGAUUCUCGCUACCGAUGGUGUCUUCGACAAUCUCAACAAUCAGGAUAUUCUCAAGAUUGUAUCGAGCCGCAUGAUCUUGACGGGGGCUUGGAUGACGACCGAAGAUUAUGGGAUUAGUGUCUCGGAUAAUCUUCGUGAGCUCACAGUACCAGGUGGCCUGGCCUCCGCAUUCCCUCCAUCAGAGCCGUCGAAGCCUCACCACGGCUCGAAGGAAAUAGAGAAGGAAGCAUCACACCCUGAAUCCACCCUUACACUCCAAUCACUCCUGGCAGCUUCCAUCGCCGGUGAAGCCAAGAUUGCCAGUGUUGAUUUCCGCCGUGAUGGUCCUUUCGCCAAAGAGGCCCAACGCUAUUAUCCUGGUGACUAUUACCGUGGCGGUAAAGUUGAUGAUAUCUGCGCCCUUGUUCUUCUGGCCAUUGACGAGAGCAUCGGCAAUGGCUCUUAA